AAAGACUGAGUUGUCAUCUCCCCAAUCAGCAAUAUGUGGUAUACAAUGAAGAUCAAGAAAUUGAGCAGGUGGUGCAGCAGUCCAAAGUACAAAAAACCACGCUCACUGCGUGGUUUGAAACUAAUAGAGUUGAUCCAGAUGGUAGAACACUUUCUUACGCAGAAUUUCCCAUGAAGUAUACAUGGAAAGAGAGUGCAAAAGUUUGGGUGAAAAGACAACAACGCUCAUGCAUUGGGAGAAUACAUAACAUACCUCCGGGAUCGGGCGAGUGUUGGUACUUAAGGAUACUACUCAAUAAAGCUAAAGGAUGUCAGUCUUUUGAAGAUGUUCGCACCGUGGAUGGUGUCGUAUACCCGACAUACAAAGAUGCCUGCCACGCACUAGGUAUUAUAGAUGACGAUCAAGAAUUUGUUGAAGCACUCGAAGAAGUGAACAAAUGGGGAACUGCAUCAUACUUAAGAACAUUAUUUGCUACUUUUCUGCUUAUAAAGAAUCUGCAUUCUCCAUUGCACGUGUGGACCAAUUGUUGGAAGCUUCUUGCAGAUGAUUUCUUGCAUGGUCCAGGAAAUCCAAAUAUAACGUACAUUGUCUCAGGUACGCUUCCACAUCAUUAACAAUUAUAUUGCAUUUUAUAGAAUAAAUAGGAUUACUAUUAUUUUUCAAUUUAAAGAGUGACAUUAGUUUUACAUAUCAUUGUACAUGUUAAAUUAUUUAAUUAAAUGUAUACAAUUAAUGUUCUUAAAUUAUUUAAGAGAGCGAGGCUCAAGACAAGGCACUUCAAAGGAUCGAAGAGAUUCUAAAGCGUAAUGGAAGAACAUUGGCUGACUUUGAAGGGAUGCCUGUCGUAGAACAUAUAGAUGAUGGACGAGUAGUUGACGCAUUGGUACGGGAAGAAAUGCAGUAU